AUGGUCAGUUCCUGCUGCUUUGCUCCUGCCUGCUGCCAGCCAACAUGCUGCAAGACAGUUUGCUGCAGAACAACUUGCUGUAAGCCAAUCUGUUGUGAGCCCAACUGCUGCCAACCUUGCUGUCAACCAUCCUGCUAUGAGUCCAGCUGCUGUCAGCCAACAUGCUGUAGGACAGUCUGCUGCAGAACAACUUGUUGUGAUCCAACCUGCUGUGAGUCCAGCUGCUGCCAACCUACCACCUGUGGCUCUAGCUGCUUCACACCUUGCUGCCAGCCAACAUGCUACAAGACAGUCUGUUGCAGAACAACUUGUAAACCAAUCUGUUGUGAGCCCAGCUUCUGCCAACCUUGCUGUCAGCCAUCCUGCUGUGAGUCCAUCUGCUGUCAGCCAACAUGCUGUAGGACAGUUUGCUGGAGAAAAACUUCUUGUGAGCCAACCUGCUGUGUGCCCAGCUGCUACCAACCUUGCUGUCAGCCUUCAUGCUGUCAGCCAACUUGCUGCAGAACACUCUGCUACCAUUCACCCUGCUAA